CUGUAGAGGUUUCUGCGAAUAUCUGAUUAGAGCAUUGUGCUGAUCACUUACAAAUUAUACCGCGGCAAUUCGUUAGCAAACGUUUCGGAUAGGUUUCAAUGGCAAAUAGACUGCUGGUGAUCAAAUAUUGACAAAACCUUGACGCACGUCUAAUGGUUAAUAGAGAUUAUGAAAGGAUAUUUAAUUGCAACUGAAAACACACAAAGGAAUGUAACAAAGCAAUUUCAGCUAUAAGUUACUGGUAUUUAACGAUCGCUGAUGAGUCUAUAGUAAACGUGAAUACAUUUUCGGAAUAUUAUUGCAGGAACUAUAAAAAAACGUUUUGCGUUUACCGCUUGAUUAACUUACGUUUGUUUCGGUGCAAAUCAUUAUUUCUUUAAUUUCUACCCAGUAAGAGGAAAUCACUAUCUGUUAUGCUAUUUAGUUACACAGAAUUUGGGAUAAAUUGAAGCUGAAACAAUUGUGUUAAGUAUUUUUGGAAUUUCUUUUCGAUAACUGAAAGAUUAUAAGUGUGAGAUAACUAUAACAUCACAAGUGUAAGAAACUACAAGAUUUUAUAAACGGGUGUUUCAUCUUUAAAAUUUAGUCAGUGGAUUUAAAUGUGUUUGACAACCUUAUUAGGAUAAAUCUGGCUUCUUAUUAAACUGAAGUUGCGUUAAUUAAUUAAGAUGACUCGUAUGUGAGACAGAUACAGCGAGGUAAGAAGAUUAGGAAAAAACUGGAGGAAAUGAAAGGACCAAAGUGGUUUAAUCGCAAAUCACGGAAUAUAACAAGAAAACACAGAGACUUUUCUUUGAAGCCAGUGUGAUGUAUCGACUGCAUGGAAAUACAAAGCAACACGAAUUCCAUAUCUGUAAGAAAUACUGAUUGUUAAAGAUCAAAGCUGGAAUAAAGACGACAUUCUUUGUUUUGUCUUUGAAGACAAAGCAACUAGGUUACUUAACUUCGGACCUGUUUCUGUGACAAGACAACUAGGUUACCAUCCUUAAACCUGUUUCUGUGAUAAUCGGAUAAAAGAUAUAUACAAAAAUAACACAGAAAAUAAAGCGAUAGAGAAAAAAAGUAACCACUUUGGAUACAGUGGUCGCUGUCGACUUUCUAUUGGAUUUUGUCAGUUCUUCGGCUUCUUUAAUGAGCUGAGAGUAGCAAAUUCGGUUAUCUGGCCAGAACACAAGUAUUGUGAAAAUAUGGUAGCCACUGUUUAAGAAGAUAAAGGAAAAUGCAAGGUAUGCUCGUGCAAACAGGAAUAAUUUGAGUGUUGAAUUAAAACAAAAUGGAAUAAUCAUUAUGCCCGUAGUGUGUAUAUAUAUAUUUGAAACGUUUUACGCAAUUUUGAAGUGUUGAAAAUGUAGACAACAUUAACAUAUUACAGUGCAGUUUAAUUGAUAAUGUGGAUUUAGUUUUAUGGAACAUCGUGAUCAAGAAUUAUGGGACAGCUACCAGUACAGGACCGGCUGAAGAAAGCCGCAGUUCUAACAUUCCUCGUGUCUCUUACAAUACAUAUUGGUACAAGUUACAGCGUAAAACAUGACGGUGAGCCAUACUUUCUAAAUACAGAAACCAACAUUACAAUCCACGAAGGAGAUCUUGCUAGAUUAAAAUGUCGUGUAGCGAAUCUCGGACCGAAAAUGGUAAACGUGGUUGUCUGGCGAAGGACGAACAUGGAGUACCCUUUGACGAUUGGGGAAAUGACAUUUUCUCCCGACGACGGCAUGUCGGUAGACCAUUCACAAGUGACACGCAGCAGUAGCAGCUGGGAUCUGUUGAUUAAAAGCGUCAAACCACAUCAUGCUGGAGUGUAUGAAUGUCAAGUCACCUCCAACCAUCUUAUUGCUCAAUAUAUUACACUCAAUGUAAUUGAACGUUCCAGUGUGAAAUCUGCAUUGAAGUUGUCCGGAACCAAAUUCGUGAACAAAGGGGACAAAAUCCAUUUGAUAUGCAAUGCAACUGGGACAGUUCGUGCACCGGAAGCAGUAGAUUGGUUCUACGAAGGAAAUCGAAUACACCCUUCAAAUCCAAAAUGGAGGGGACGUGUUGAAGUGUUAAAGCACGAAUCGUUCGAAGGAAAAUACUUCAUAAGUGAAUUGAUUGUUGACCAUAGUAAACUAAAAGAUAAAGGACAUUAUGUGUGUAGAAGUUCUGACCUUACAGUUGACAGUUUAAAAGUACACGUUUUAAAUGCUGAUAAGGACAACUUAACACGACGGGUUUCUGGGAACGAAGUCCACAAUUCAAGAAGUGGACAAUUUAACAAAGUUCCUGAAAAUGCAACAACAUUGACUCGUGCUGACGUAAUUUCUGUGCUUAUGUUUGCAAUAGUGGCUCUCACUUGGAGAUGAAGUUCCAGAAUGUGAUAUGAUAAAUGAACUUUCUACACAGUGCCUUCUAGAAAGUGGUAAAGAAGAUUAAAUUAUAUUGAAGGGGUUCGUUUCCGAAAUGAUUACAUUGAACUUUGAAAGUUACUGUUAUUUGCAGACUGCAUUGUCAAUGAAAGGAGGGAAGAUUUAAAUGACCGCCGAAAGAAUUCAGCAAAACUGAAUUGCAUAUCAUUAACGACUGUUGUGUUGUGAUCAUAAUCGCUUCGUUACCGACUUCUUGACGAGACGUUCAGAUUUUAUUAUAUGGCCAGUGAAAUAGACUUGUUUGUGUCGGUAUGAUAUUACUGGUCAAAGUACCAUAAAUAAUACUCAUUUUGUUUUAUAUAAACUCUCCUUCAUGUCUGUCUUUCUUUCUGAGUUUGGAAAAACAAACUCAUUACAGAAAUAGACUUGUUUACAAUAUUUGUAUGUCUACAAUAUCAAAUAAGUUAGUUGUUUAAAACCAUUUCACAUCCCACAAAACGUUCAAAUAUAGUUUACAAUAUUUCUGUACCAUUUUGUUUCAUUCACUUUUCAUUAGAAAAUUCCUGCAGAUAGAUCGGUGUACUAUUUACAAAUGUUACGUUCAAUUUUGAAACGAUUGAGCGUUGCAGUCAAAGACGCCGUUGAAUAUGUGGAUGCACUGUUACGUUAAAAUAAGAAAGUUUGAGUUAUUCCGCCUGUCCCACUAGUUAUUACAUAGUAUGUCUUUAUACCAUAGUGCUUGGCGAUGUAUGGAAACGAAUGUGCUUCAGAAGUUGUCCUUUCUGUUGCCAAUCUUUGGUUAGGCUAAGUUUUCAUUAUCUUUCAGGAAAUAAAUGGGCGAAUGCAUUCACUUUGCUGAUAUAUAUUUAACAAGCACAGCAUUUCAAACAACCUUAAACUUUAAAUAUAUGUAUUUGUAAUGUUUGUAUAUCAUCCGUAAAGCUCCAUGUUUUCGUAACAUUGACUGGAAAGUCUAGUAAAUUUUUAUAUUCGUGUAUUUGAAGAUAAAGCACACAUGUUUCAAAAACAUGAUUAUAUGAAAAACAUGUAUGCUUGUGAAAUGACAUUGUAGGUACUGUUCGAGUUGUUAUUUUUCUACUCAUGCUUUCAUCAUAAAAGUGGCUAUUUUCAAAACCUUUAAAGUAUUAAAUGUAGAAAUAGAAAUUUUAAAGGCACUUUACGUCAAUUUAAGUUUAUAAAAAGCUAGUUCGAUUUUCAAAUAUUGUAGAAUUUCCAUUUUAUUGAGAAUACCGUAUAUUUUAAUGACCUGUUUGAUGCACCAAAUUCUUAACAGGUUUUAUUUGUAUCGUGGCGUUAACAAGCCCAUGUAUAAACUAUACACCAUUCUAACUUCUGUAAGAUCAGUUGUAGUAUCUGUAAAACUGAAAUGGCCAAAAAUGCUUUUUCCAACGUCAAAUCCUGAUAAAUAAUAUAAUUAAAAUUUGAAAACUUUUUGUCUAAAAUGGACAAUGGAAAAUACCUUAAUUCGAUUUUAGGGGAUAAUACAAAAUUGAUCUGGAUGUAUUGAAAAUUGCAAAAGGUCACGUUACCGCCCUUUGAGUUCUUCAGAAUGAUGUACAGUUGUAAAUGAAUGGUAAUGUCUGGAAAGACUUUGUUACAGGACAGGUAAUUUUAACGUAUAUUGCUUUUUAUCGUUUGCAUGUCACAGCAAUAUGUUUUAAGGUCACAUAACGACUUUGCAGUGUCUUCGAGACGUAGACUGUCAGUCGGAUAUAUAUACGGUCUUCCUUUAAAAAUGUAUUACCGAAAUGACUUCCCUAUUAAUCUUUUUAUUGUGGUACAUUCGAAAAUGUUUAGAUCAGAUAAGUUGGUACUUUUCUUUAACCAAACAAUUCUAAUACAUAAUUGUGUUAAUAUCUACUGUUGAUCCAUCUAAUCUGAUUUUCGAGCAUUGCGACUUAUUUUUAUACGCCAGUUGGAACAACGUAACGUAUUAUGGGAACGCCACUGGCGGGCGGGCGGCGUCCACAGACUUUGUCCGGAGCAUAUCUUCUUCAUGCAUGGAGCGAUUUUGAUGAAACUUAGCACAAUUGUUCACCAUCAUGAGACGGAGUGCCAUGCGCAAGAACCAGGUCCCUAUAUCUAAGGUCAAGGUCACAGAGGUCAAAGGUCAAAUUCAAAAAUGACUUUGUCCGGAGCAUAUCUUCUUCAUGCACGGAGGGAUUUUGGCACAAUUGUUCACCAUCCUGAGAUGGAGCGGUAUGUGCAAGAACCAGGUCCCUAGAUCUAAGGUUAAGGUCACACUUAGAGGUCAAAGCAUACAAGAAUGAAAACUUUGUCCGGAGCAUAUCUUCUUCAUACAUGUGGGGAUUUUGAUAUAACUUGGCACAAAUGUUCACCACCAAUAGACGGAGGUCAUGUCUAAGGACAAUAUCACAAUUAGAGGCCAAAGGUCAGAUGCAAGAAUGACUUUGUCCGGAGCAUUUCUUCUUCAUGCAUGGAGGGAUUUUGAUGUCACAUAGCACAAUUGUACACCAUCAUGAGACGAAGUGUCAUGCGCAGGUCCCUUUUUAGAAUUACUUCCCUUUGUUGUUACUAUAAAUAGCUUAUAUUGUAACUUUUUCAUUACUAGUAGGGAAAAUUCGAGACCACUUUCCUAUAGUACAGCAUGCAUGGUACAUCCAAUUUUGAGGUGUAUUUUGACCUAUCUCUACCUUGUAAGAUUUUUUUUGUGUGGAUUUUUUUAAAGAUUAACUUCCCUUAGUUGUUACUAUAUGUUACUUAUAUUGUAACUUUUCAUAGCUGACCGUAUGGAAAAACCAAGACCAUUUUUCUGUGGUACAACAUAGAUGUUACUUUCAAAUUUUAGAUGUAUUUAACGGUAUCUCUACCUGGUAAGGAGUAUUUUUGCGGAUUAAGAAAAACAAAAGAAUUACAAAAAUUACUACACAACCACAGAAUUAAAAUGCCAUUUGCAAAUACAGGUGCUAGUGUAAGGAAAUUUGCUAUGAUGGGCGAAUAUUGUGACAUUCUGGCACUCUUGUUGCAAGAUCGGAAUAUGUCUGUAUAACUUAUUAUGAAGGUCUCUGAGUUUGGGAGCAGGAUCUUUUUAAUUAUUUUAAAAAAGACAAUUUUAGAUUGCUAAAGUCUUGGCCAAAAACGCAUUUUUGCAAAGUAAAAAUUUGUCGAAUCCCCAGUUUCUAAAAAUAUUUAUUUUGAAACCUUUGCAACGUUUCAGCUUGGAAAUGUUGUUUUUAUAUUGAGAUAUCCUAAAUGUUUUUGACAGCAGAUCGACAAAUAAUGCAAAGCUUUGAAUUAAAAAUGUGUCCAAGAUAGUUAUUUUAUGACAAGUUCAAAAUUAAUCAUAGUAUUUUAAAAAUAUAAAAAUUUUUUAUUAUCAGCCUGGUAGUUUUUUUGCACGAUUUAUAAUAUCAGUUGUGUUGCCUUAUAUUUAUAGAGGAAUCAAGGAAACAGCUUGUUACAAAAACUGGAUCAUUGUAAAAUCUUGAAAUUUAUUUGUUGAUAAUUUAGAUAUGAUCUAGUUUCGAUGUUUUCUAUUAACCCAAAAUCACCGAUAUAUCAUUUAUAUAUGGUAACGUUAUUCUGUUAUUACAGCUGUCUUUGAUGUUUAGAUAAGUUUGUUUCAGCCUCAGUAAGAGGUUGAGUUUAAUGUGUUUUGGUUUACAAACUCAGUCAAGUAUUUCACUGAAAUUUUAUUGUAUUCAUUGCCCCAAAUGGUAAUUUGGUGUAAUGUUGUCGGAACAAAAAUACCGGUAACUCAUUUUAGUCAGAAUAAUUUCUAUGUAUCAUUUUAUGACAUUUUGUAAAUAUUCGUAUAAGUCGUGUUAUUUGCCUGUAAUGACACAUUUUGAAAGCGUGUUUUUGUCUUUUCAUUGGCUGUAAAACUUGGAAUCGUGAAAACAUUUUCAUACAAUUUGUUUUCAAACAUGUUCGAGAGGACCUCAACUUAUUUCCAUUCAGGCAAAAAACAAGUCUGCAUGUAAAGUUAUUCAUUAUCCAUUCCAAAUUCUACAUGAAUCUACAUGUAAUGUUUUAUGUUUCAUACUAGACAUUUAAAAUUGUCUUCUGUUUCAAUAUUUUUAAUAAAAUUUCAAAGUUUGAAUA